AUGUCACCGAGAGACCACACACCGCGCCUGGACGGCAGCCAACUUGCGGCUCUGAUAUUCGAGACGGCUUGCAAUGGCGUUUUUUGGGUUCUCCUUGUUCAAGCCGUCGAGGCCCUCUGGAGUCGCGCGAAGGCCCGACACGAGAGCUUCUUCCGCCCAAUGACUUUCACUGGCCUCGCAUUAUUUAUUACUAUCACCGGUCACUGGCUUAUGGACUUCUUGACGGCUUUCCAAGCAUUCAUCCUCCCUCAAGAUGUCGAGUACACCGUCCAAGCGUUCUCUCUGAAUCCCGCCGAGACGGUGUACUUGACUUUGGCGGACCCGAAGACGGUUGCAGGCUCCGCAUUUUACGUCUCGACUACACUGCUUGGUGAUAUGUUCAUGAUCUACCGUCUGUAUAUUGUCUGGUCGAGGAACAAAUACAUUAUCAUUCCUCCCAUUAUUCUGUGUACCGCUCUGGCUGUGACCGGCUCGAUGGUUACCUACCUGUUCUCUCAAUCCACGGAACCCAUUUUUGCUACGGCCGGAGCGUGGAUUACCUCGUGUUUCGUGCUCACCUUCAUUUGUAACUUUUAUUCAACUUUCCUCAUUGCCUUCAAAAUAUUUAUGACCAAUCGCAAACUGGGAAGAGGCAAAACUGAUAACUUGGGGAUGUCGAAAAUCAUGGAAAUUUUAGUCGAAAGCGCAGCACUCUACAGCUGCUGCGUCAUCCUGUCGUUGGCGACCUAUGUUGCGGAAUCCAAUACUCAAUACGCGAUGGUUGCUGUGACCAACCCAAUCAUCGGGAUCAUUUUCUGCAUGAUCGUAACUCGAGCACAUAGAGCUGGAGCAGGAAGCUCAGUACCCUCAUAUCGGCGCUCAGGUCUUUCCGGCAACGCGCAUCCGCUUCGCCCUGUGACUAUCAAAAUCACGACUCAAAGCCAGAACGACAGUGAUGGUUCAUAUCCUAAGGCCGCUGAAUUUGGUACUCCUCCCACUUCUCCUCACUAUAUGCGACGAGAAGAUAACCUUCAAAACGGACCCCAGGCCGUUUAG